AGUCCUCCCUGGCCGUCUUCCACCGGUCGAUCCAGAUUCUUCGCCCGUCACAGUACUCAGCCCCAGCCUCGAUCUCAAAACUGCACAGACAUCGAUCGCGACGGGCCCAUCCUCUUGUUAGUUCGAGAGGCCUCGGUUCAGCCCUGACAAACUUCUCCGCAACCCAUCGUCAUCGUGGGCCUGCCCUCCUCACGUCAAAGGAACGGGACGCCUUGCCUAGGUACUCUGAAAGAGCCUGGAUCCCAGCUAUCCUCCGGGUUCCACCCAUUACACACAAACCACCGCGCGAGAUUGAACCCUGAGUUUCGAGUCUUGAAAUCUUCAGACAUACAUCAUUCCUUUGUCCGUCCGGAACAAGAGUCCGUAGGCCCAUAUAAAGCAUUAGCUGCUGUUUCGACGUCCUCGAUACCUCGCUUUCUGUCUUAGCCAUCAACAUACCCAGGGUCUACAAGAUACCAACAUGGGCAAGCCCCCAGCAUACCUUUUCGUUGUGAGGCACGGAUUGCGCCUCGAUGUAGCCGACAAAGACUGGCAUCUCACGUCGCCGACCCCCUACGAUCCCCCCCUCACGUAUGGUGGCUGGAACCAAGCCAAAAACCUUGGAGCUCGGAUAGCCAACAUUAUCCGAGAGAGAGUCGAGGAGGAUGAGACAGCUGCCAAGGCUGCAGCGCAAACCGAUCCCACGGCGAAACCGAAACGCAAACGUUACGAGGUCGUCAUCCACAGCUCCCCGUUUCUGCGAUGCAUCCAGACCUCCGUUGCCAUCAGUGCCGGCUUAGCACAAGACUCGACCCCAUUCGGACCCUCUACGGGUGGCGAUGACAAAGAGCUUUCAGGGAACUUUGCCCACGGACACCGAGCCAGGCCGUCGACCGCGUCCAAUUCCGCUUCUGGCCCAGCACCCUUAAAGAUACAAGUAGUUCAAGGGACGGCCAUCCGCAAAUCUGUUCUCCGGCUGGACGCUUUUCUGGGCGAGUGGCUGUCACCUAGCUACUAUGAGCUCAUCAGCCCGCCACCCGAGUCUGUCAUGAUGCUUGCAAGCGCCAAGGCAGAUCUCCUCAGACGCGAAGAUUACAGCAGCUACCCUCAUUUCAACGCUUACAAUCACUCAAAUCUCCAAGGGCAGCUUUGGAGCCCGACCCCGCAGCGCACGCACAGCUCCAUUGACCUUCUGGAAAAGGAUGACCUGCCCGGUGUGGCCAGUUCUGUGCCUAGGAGCGAGAGCGCCAGUAGCCAAAGUACCUGCCAGUCCCAACCCGAUUCUACCCUGCAAUCGGCCAGUCAUCCUUUCCCAGCCAUGGGCUACGUCCCCCCAGUUCCCCAUUAUGCAAUCAACAACAAUAGCACUAUUCCUCCGGGUUAUGUCGCACAUGCUCGGGAUGCGUGCUGUGAUAUUGACUACCAAUGGGAUUCGAUGCGGGCUCCUCUUGAAUGGGGCGAUGGUGGCUCCUUCCCCGAAGAAUGGACCUCGAUGCAUUCAAGGUUUCGUGCAGGUAUUCAGAUGCUAGUUGACUGGUACUCCAAGGCCGAGCACCCUACCAAGAUGGUCACCAAGACGGUUUCUCGGUUCGCCCGGAGGGAGUCAACCCAGGCCCAGGAAUCCGAAGAUAGUGACGACGUGGAGAUCGAAUCGAUCGUUAUUUUGGUAUCGCAUGGUGCGGGAUGCAAUGCACUGAUUGGCGCCAUUACCCAUCAACCAGUCCUCGCAGACGUUGCCAUGGCGUCACUUACAAUGGCGGUUCGGAAGCCUGAUCAGGAAAUACAUGAGAACAUCCAGCGAACAAACACGGGCCAGAAGGGAACGAUACCCAUCCAUCACUACUAUGAUCUCAAGUUGUUUGCCAACACAGACCAUCUGCGUAUCCCUGGCCAAGCACCAAAUCUGUCGCGGUCUACAUCCAUCUCCGUUGCUAGUGUCGCCACUGCCCGGAACCGUUACACUCACUCCCACUCUAUUUCCACGUCGAAUUUCUCCUAUCAAGAAAUCGUGAGAGGGGGAGGGGAUGUGCCUAACAAUUCCCUGAGCGCCAGUCGCAGAGGCUCUAGUGGCUCCUCCACCACUCCUAGGUUUGUAUUUGGUACUUCCAGUGCCAGCAACGGAAGUGGAGGUGGUAUUACGGUUGGAAGUGGUGUCUCAUCAUUCGGCUUGAGUAAGCCUUCGAGUCUGUCAAUAGGUCGUGGACGUAAGACAUCUAUAGGCCUGUGGUCACCAACCGGUCUCCGCAACAGUACUGGAUUCGAUGAUGACGAUGACGAUGAUAACAUGGUCCUGAAUUUUGGUACACCAGCAAAUGAUUCCAAACCUUCGACUAUGAAAUCGUGACCUAGAGGUCAAA